AUGGACAUGGUCGGCACAGAUGGCCGCACGGCUCUGACAACCGCUGUUGCAGGGGGCCAUGUUGAGGUCGCACGUUUGCUGGUGGAGGCCGGCGCCGGAAAAGAUUUUGCCGAUAACGAUGGGGACACAGCCUUGAUGUUCGCUGCUCAAUAUGGCCGUGUCGAAUUCGUGCGUUUGCUGGUGGAGGCCGGCGCUGAAAAGGACAUGGUCGACACAGAUGGCCGCACGGCUCUGACGACCGCUGCUGCAGAGGGCCACGUUGAGGUCGCGCGUUUGCUGGUGGAGGCCGGCGCCGGAAAAGACUUUGCCGACAACGAUGGUCACACAGCCUUGAUGUUCGCUGCUCAAUAUGGCCGUGUCGAAGUCGUGCGUUUGCUGGUGGAGGCCGGCGCUGAAAAGGACAUGGUCGACACAGAUGGCCGCGCGGCUCUGACGAUGGCAGUUGCAGAGGGCCAUGUUGAGGUCGCGCGUUUGCUGGUGGAGGCCGGCGCCGGAAAAGACUUUGCCGACAAGGAUGGUGACACCGCCUUGAGGACCGCUGCUCAAUAUGGCCGUGUCGAACUCGUGCGUUUGCUGGUGGAGGCCGGCGCUAAAAUGGACAUGGUCGGCACAGAUGGCCGCACGGCUCUGACAACCGCUGUUGCAGAGGGCCAUGUUGAGGUCGCACGUUUGCUGGUGGAGGCCGGCGCCGGAAAAGAUUUUGCCGAUAACGAUGGGGACACAGCCUUGAUGUUCGCUGCUCAAUAUGGCCGUGUCGAACUCGUGCGCUUGCUGGUGGAGGCCGGAGCUGAAAAGGACAUGGUCGACACAGAUGCCCGCACGGCUCUGACGAUGGCAGUUGCAGAGGGACAUGUUGAAAUCGCACGUUUGCUGGUGGAGGCCGGCGCCGGAAAAGACUUUGUCGACAACGAUGGUCACACAGCCUUGAUGUUCGCUGCUCAAUAUGGCCGUGUCGAACUCGUGCGUUUGCUGGUGGAGGCCGGCGCCAAAAAGGACAUGGUCGACACAGAUGGCCACGCGGCUCUGACGAUGGCAGUUGCAGAGGGCCAUGUUGAGGUCGCACGUUUGCUGGUGGAGGCCGGCGCCGGAAAAGACUUUGCCGACAAGGAUGGUGACACAGCCUUGAUGUUCGCUGCUCAAUAUGGCCGUGUCGAAUUCGUGCGUUUGCUGGUGGAGGCCGGCGCUGAAAAGGACAUGGUCGACACAGAUGGCCGCACGGCUCUGACGAUGGCAGUUGCAGAGGGCCAUGUUGAGGUCGCACGUUUGCUGGUGGAGGCCGGCGCCGGAAAAGACUUUGCCGACAACGAUGGUCACACAGCCCUGAUGUUCGCUGCUCAAUAUGGCCGUGUCGAACUCGUGCGCUUGCUGGUGGAGGCCGGAGCUGAAAAGGACAUGGUCGACACAGAUGCCCGCGCGGCUCUGACGAUGGCAGCUGCAGAGGGCCAUGUUGAGGUCGCGCGUUUGCUGGUGGAGGCCGGCGCCGGAAAAGACUUUGCCGACAAGGAUGGUGACACCGCCUUGAGGACCGCUGCUCAAUAUGGCCGUGUCGAACUCGUGCGUUUGCUGGUGGAGGCCGGCGCUAAAAUGGACAUGGUCGGCACAGAUGGCCGCACGGCUCUGACAACCGCUGUUGCAGAGGGCCAUGUUGAGGUCGCGCGUUUGCUGGUGGAGGCCGGCGCCGGAAAAGACUUUGCCGAUAACGAUGGGGACACCGCCUUGAUGUUCGCUGCUCAAUAUGGCCGUGUCGAAGUCGUGCGUUUGCUGGUGGAGGCCGGCGCUGAAAAGGACAUGAUCGACACAGAUGGCCGCACGGCUCUGACGAUGGCAGUUGCAGAGGGCCAUGUUGAGGUCGCACGUUUGCUAGUGGAGGCCGGCGCCGGAAAAGACUUUGCCGACAACGAUGGUCACACAGCCUUGAUGUUCGCUGCUCAAUAUGGCCGUGUCGAACUCGUGCGCUUGCUGGUGGAGGCCGGAGUUGAAAAGGACAUGGUCGACACAGAUGCCCGCACGGCUCUGACGAUGGCAGUUGCAGAGGGCCAUGUUGAGGUCGCGCGUUUGCUGGUGGAGGCCGGCGCCGGAAAAGACUUUGCCGAUAACGAUGGGGACACAGCCUUGAUGUUCGCUGCUCAAUAUGGCCGUGUCGACUUCGUGCGUUUGCUGUUGGAGGCCGGAGCUGAAAAGGACAUGGUCGACACAGAUGGCCGCACGGCUCUGACGAUGGCAGUUGCAGAGGGCCAUGUUGAGGUCGCACGUUUGCUGGUGGAGGCCGGCGCCGGAAAAGACUUUGCCGACAACGAUGGUCACACAGCCCUGAUGUUCGCUGCUCAAUAUGGCCGUGUCGAACUCGUGCGCUUGCUGGUGCAGGCCGGCGCUGAAAAGGACUUGGUCGGCAAUUGUGGCGACACAGCUCUGAUGCUCGCCGCACGCAAUGGUUUCGUUGAAACCGUAGGUUUGCUGACGGGCGCUGGUGCCGACAGGGACAUGACUACCAGCAAUGGCUACACAGCGCUGAUGACGGCAUCCGCCAAUGGCCACGUUGAAGUCAUGCGUGUGCUGGUGGAGGCUGGUGCCGCCACGGACAUUACCACCGACAGCGGCCUCACAGCCCUGACGGUUCUGAUGGCAGAUUGCAAGGGCCAUGCCGAAGCCGUGCAGUUGCUUUCAGAACCGGCCAUGAAGCGAAGAAGGCUCGCCUCUUCAGCUUAG